AUGUCGGUAGGCGCGCAGCACGACGCCGCCGCCCACCACGCGGCCGACGGCGCCCUCCCCAUCGCCCUCGCCGCGCUGUCGGGCGCGCGCGGCGCCUUCUACGCGACGGCGGGCCGGCGGGCGCGCUCGCUCGAGGAGGCGGCGCACGAGGUACGGGCGCCGUUCCCGCGCGGCGACCCUGCCGGGUGGGCGGAGGAGACAGUCGAGGCCUUUUGGGCGCGGUUGGGCGAGGCGACGCCCGGGCUAGCCGAGGCGUGGGCCGCGGGCAGCCGGCACGAGCAGGACAAGGGCGAGCUGUGA